CGUUACUGCAACAGCUGGCGAGUAGUAGACGGCAUGGGAAGCGUUUGUACGGAUAGUGUUUAGCUCAUUUUAAAAAACAAAAGCAUUAGCCAUACAUUGUUGGACUGUUUAUUUUUAUGUGAAUGUAUUUUGCCUAAUAGACGAUGGAUUGGGGUGUAUGUAGCCGGGCCCUUGUGUGGUGCAUUUUGACGACGUUUUUCAGUAAUCUGCUGUUAAUGGGCAUCUGCAGUGCCAACACGGUCUCACUGCCUGAGAGUCUGCUCUUCGUCUCCACGCUGGAUGGCAGCCUCCACGCCGUCAGCAAGCGCUCUGGUUCCAUCAAGUGGACGCUGAAGGAAGAUCCCGUUCUUCAAGUGCCGACCCACAUGGCAGAGCCGGCGUUCCUGCCAGACCCCAACGACGGCAGCCUGUAUUCUCUCGGAGGGAAGAACAGCGAGGGACUAACGAAACUUCCCUUCACCAUCCCCGAGCUUGUCCAGGCCUCCCCCUGUCGUAGUCCUGAUGGGAUCCUUUACAUGGGUAAGAAGCAGGACGUAUGGUACGUAGUGGAUCUCCUGACGGGUGAGAAGCAGCAGACUCUCACCUCGUCCUUUGCAGAGAUGCUCUGCCCCUCCUCCUCCCUGCUGUACCUGGGCCGCACAGAGUACACCAUCACCAUGUAUGACACCAAGAGCCGAGAGCUGCGGUGGAACGCCACCUACUCGGACUACGCCUCCACGCUGCCUGACGACAACACCAAACACAAGAUGGCGCACUUUGUGUCCAACGGCGAUGGCCUGGUGGUGACGGUGGACAGCGAGUCGGGUGCUGUGCUGUGGGCGCAGAACUACAACUCCCCCGUGGUGGCUGUGUACAUCUGGCAGCAGGAGGGCCUGCGGAAGGUGACGCACACCAACGUGGCAGCGGAGACGCUGCGCUACCUCACCUUUACCUCAGGCCAGGGCGGCCGCCUCACCCAGUGGAGGUACCCCUUCCCCCGCGAGAGGAAGCCCGAGGACAAGCUCACGUCCACCCUGUACGUGGGCAAGUACUCCACCAGCCUCUACGCAUCUCUCUCCCUGGUGCACGACGGAGUGACCAUUGUGCCCCGAGGCAGUACCUUCCCCAUGCUGGAGGGCCCUGAUAGGUCAGAUGCCACCGUGGAGGAGGAGCAGGAGUGUGUCAUCACGCCCAGCACCAGUGUGAAGUUCAGCGCAGCCCUGAAGGAGCGUAAUACCAUCAACUACAUGAGGAACUACCUCCUCCUUAUAGGCCAUCAUGAGACUCCACCUCAGGCUCAUAAGAAGAUUCUUGAGAAAUUUCCAGAAAGCAUUCCCCGUCAGCAGAGCAACGUAAUUCCUCCCACCACGGAGAAAACCAUUGAAGAGAAGGUGAAUGACAGUGGCAUGGACGACAGCAGUCCGCUGCCCCCUCCCGUCCGCUCCCUCCGGGAGACGCCUGGACGCAUGCCCCGCACUGAGGCCCCGGUGGACAGCAUUCUCAAAGACAUGGCCACCAUCAUCUUCAGCACUUUCCUCCUGGCUGGUUGGGUGGCCUUCAUCAUCACCUACCCCAAGAGCGUGCAGAAGCAGCAGCUCCAGCACCAGCAGUUCCAGCAGAGGAUGGAGGAGAAGCUGGAGCUCCUGCACCGCCAGCAGCUGCUCUUUCAGCCGCCCACCGAACCCGACUUCCUGGAGGCGGCCCGCAGCCGCUCCGAGAGCUCCGACCACAGCACCACCAAUGGGACGCCACGCGCCUCCAACCAUUCAGACCUGUCGACGGUGGAGGCGGGAGCGGCCGGCCCUGAGCACGAGGAGGGAGAGGAUGAAUCCAACGCUGUCCGGGUUGGAAACAUCACCUUCAACCCCCGAAAUGUUCUUGGACACGGCGCUGAGGGGACAAUUGUGUACAGGGGUCAGUUUGAUAACCGGCCAGUGGCUGUGAAGCGGAUCCUCCCGGAGUGUUUCAGCUUUGCAGACCGGGAGGUGCAGCUGCUGCGGGAGUCAGACGAGCACCCCAACGUCAUCCGCUACUUCUGCACCGAGCGCGACCGCCAGUUCCAGUAUAUCGCCAUCGAGCUGUGCAGUGCCACCCUGCAGGAGUAUGUGGAGCAGAAGGAUUUUGAUCGCCAUGGUCUGGAACCAGCAAUACUGCUGCAGGAAACCAUGUCUGGACUGGCACAUUUGCACUCUCUCAGUAUAGUCCACAGAGACCUGAAGCCGCACAACAUCCUGGUGUCCAUGCCGAACGCCCACGGUCGCGUGCGGGCCCUCAUCUCCGACUUCGGCCUGUGUAAGAAACUGGCGGUGGGCAGACACAGCUUCAGCAGGAGGUCUGGGGUGCCCGGCACAGAGGGCUGGAUCGCACCCGAGGUGCUCAGUGAGGAUGCCAUGCACAACCCUACCUGCAAGGUGGACAUUUUCUCCGCCGGCUGUGUGUUUUACUACGUGGUGUCACAGGGCAGUCACCCGUUUGGGAAAUCACUGCAACGGCAGGCCAACAUCCUCCUGGGUGCUUAUUCGCUGGAACAUCUGCAGCCAGACAAGCAUGAAGACAUUGUGGCCAUUAACUUGAUAGAGCAGAUGCUAAGCAUGGACCCUGAGAAGAGGCCAUCAGCAGAGAGGGUUCUCAAGCAUCCCUUCUUCUGGAGCCUGGAAAAGCAGCUGCAGUUCUUCCAGGAUGUGAGUGACAGAAUAGAGAAGGAGCCACUAGAUGGACCAAUCGUGAGGCAGCUGGAGAGGGGUGGGCGGGGUGUGGUGAAAGGAGACUGGAGGGAACACAUCACAGUGCCUUUACAAACUGAUCUACGCAAAUUUCGCUCCUAUAAAGGCGGAUCGGUUCGAGAUCUGCUGCGUGCCAUGAGAAAUAAGAAGCACCAUUACAGGGAGUUACCCAGGGAGGUGCAGGAAACUCUUGGCUCCAUUCCAGAUGACUUUGUCUUCUACUUCACCUCCCGCUUCCCACACCUGCUGCUGCACACACACCUGGCCAUGCGCACCUCUGCCCAGGAGCGCCCCUUCCAGCCCUACUACCACAGCUCUGAGCUGCUCUCACGGACCGCUAGCGCACAGCCUGAGCCCAGAACCCCGGAGGCGCGGGCACCCCGGGAGCACCAGGGCCUGCCUCAGGCGUGCCCGGAGCUAACACACCUGCCCACGCCCCCUACUGGCCUGGAGCCCGUGCAGCAGGAUCUGCCCAGCACAGAGGACGUUGCCUCAUAGACAUGCUCUGCCGGAGACGCUUCCGCGGGGACACGCUAGCUCUGAUGAACGUACACAUUCCAGGGUGGCAUGUUUGGGUCGCUGGUUCAGGCCUGCAAUGCUUGAGCCCCUUCGCUACAGGAGCUGCCAGCUCAUCUCAUGUGCCUUAUUCACUUGUUUUUGCUAAAAUUGCUCAGAGCUGCCUAAUGGUUGUGGUGAAGCUAGGCUAAAAGAUAUCAGGACUUGAUCCUGUUAUUCUGACCAUGAUGUUUUCAUCUAAUAGUUUCAUUUUAUUUUUUUUAUUAUUCAACCAUUUUUAAGAACUCUUUUGUAAAGGCUGAAUACUGUGAUGCAUAUGAAUGAGACAGAGACUAUAAUGUUGAACGCUUGCAGUGAUCAUGGGGAUUCUGCUGGAGGAGGAUGGCUGUGGCGAGGCUCCUCACUGUUAAGUGCAUAUAUUUGUAAAUAUUUUGAUCGGUGAUGAUCAGUCAUCUUGGCCAGUGUGCCUUUUAAAUCUCACUACACUCUGUGUCUUACCUGUCAGGGUCAGAGAGAGUGUUCCUUUGCUUUAAUGCUAUGCUGCAUUUGGCUGUUGUAUCCAAAGGGAAAUAUCUGUUCUGGUUAUAUGUAUGCAUUGUGGUUUCAAAUGCAGUAAUUACCACAGCUUGUUACCAGUUGUUUCCCAUUUAACUUGUACAAUUUACUUGCAGGAAUGUGUGAUGUAGUUUUCAAUCUAAAAAUCUUAACUGUUUUUGGAUAUCAUUUUAACUGUCAUAUGAUUCCUGUUUUUAAAUGGAAAUAUAGAUUCAUGGGUUGCCACGCACAGUUCCUGUCUCUCUUGUGCUCUGGGGCCAUUUUAAAGCACAAAUUAAUCAUAGACCUUUUCUACAAAUUUUCAAUGCAUUAAAUGGGAAAGCACUCAAACUUGUUACCAUUAAAAUAUAUUUAGCAAUGAUUUUUAA